AUGUCAUCCUCAACAAGUCCCCUGCCAUCAAUGACGACCAAAACAGCCCCCGGUCCUGCACCCAAUGGCAUGGGCAAUGGCCUCUUCGCUACUACGGACAUCAAGGUCGGGGAGGAUGUUGUGUACGCUAAAGUGCCGUUUGUGGCGGUUCUCGACACGCCACGCCUCGAUGAUACUUGCGCUGCUUGCUUUGGGAAGAGGCAGAUAGAGGCUGGGACAGAGUUAAAGGCUUGUACUGGGUGUCGGGUUGUUAAGUAUUGUGAUAGGACGUGCCAAUCCAAGGACUGGAAAUUUGCUCAUUCUCUGGAAUGCUCCGUUUUCCAAAAACUUAAGCCCCAAGUGCUACCUAAUAAUGGACGCGCUCUGCUACGGAUGGUUCUUCGUACCCGGAAGGGGAAAUAUACUGCCCAAGAACUUGGUAUCUUCAACAAUCUCGAGACUCAUAUCCAAGACAUCCAGGAGAUUCAGGCUCAUUUGGACAGGAUCAAUCUCACGUCUAAGGCUGUCAAAGAUUACUCGGAAACGGAUAUGAGCCAGGAAGCCAUUAUGGCAUACGCGGCAAGAUUGGAUCUCAACUCAUUCAACUUGACUACGGCCAUGUAUGACCGCAUUGGUCUCUACUUGCAUCCUUAUGCUGCUUUGAUCAACCACAGCUGUGACUACAAUGCCACAGUCGGAUUUGACGGAGAGGAACUCUAUAUCAAAGCCGUUCGACCCAUCAAGAAAGACGAGCAAAUCUUCAUCUCCUACAUCGACACCACAACCCCCAACGAAGUCCGCCGCAAAGAGCUAUCCGAACGAUACUUCUUCGACUGCCAGUGCACCAAAUGUGCAAUGGGAACAGAGACCCCGGAAGACAAAUUCUCCGAAACCCCCAACGACAUGUCCAUCCUCGAGACGGCAGAAAAACAAGCACUAGAACUCAUGCAAGAGGCAUCCCGAUCCGACGGCAAACCCGAAGACGAAAUCAAAAAACUCGAAUCCGCCAUGCGCAUCCUCAAACAAACAUCCAAUUGGCCUCUAACCCGACAGCCAUAUGCAUCUCUGCGCGACCAACUCAUCAUCUCCCUCCUCUCCGUCAACAAUUUCAGCAAAGCCUUCCUCCACGCCGCGAUCAGAUACCUCCGCAUCGACCCCGUCCUCUUCAGCCCUGCCCAUCCGAUCCGCCAACUCCACGGUUGGAUCCUGGCUAAGCUGGCCAUCUAUCUCUCUCAGGAGGGAUUUGAGAGUAGUUCCAAAGAAGCCACUCUGAUACAGCAGUCGGAAUUGAAUUUUCAUUACGUUCUGUGGUAUAUUCUGGCUGACCUUGCUAGUCGACAGCUGGAGAGUUGUACAGUGCCGAGUUUUAAGAGGCUUGUUGGAGCUAAUUUUGCACAAGUGCAUAAUGAGUUCAAGGCCAAUGGGAUGGAUCCUAGUACCUCGAAGGCUAUUGUUAGUGCGGAGUGGAAAAAGCUGGAGAGGCUGGUUCAGGUAGCACUAGACAAAGAAUAA